AUAGAUUUCGUUUGCAUCUUAGCUACUUCCGGUAAAAAAAACAACAACAACAUAGAAAAUUACUUCUUUACAAACAUGUUCUUUUGAUAACUGCAAUUGUCCUAUCACUAACUGAUUCAUUUGCACACCUAAAGAAGAGGAUAUGUUAAAACUGACCAGGCUAGGGGACUGACUACAACAUCCAGCAUCAAUGUCAUUCUUGAAUUGUAGCAGAUCAAGUGAAAAAGUAUCAAGUCCAACAGACUCCCCACCAUAUGACAAGGAAAAAUAUUUGAAAAGCAAGGACCAGAAUGCAACAUCUCCUGUAGGUAGCCAGAAUUCUAGCAAAGGGGAUUUCCCAAAUAUAAUGUUGGAAUAUGGCAAUGAACCAUUGCAAUAUGAUAUUUAUACUACCAUAGGUAAAGGUUGUAAUGAGGCUGCUACUAUAUCAGUGGCUAAACACAUCGCCUCAGGUCAUAAUGUGGCCAUCAGACAGGUGGAUCUUGACAAAUUAGAGAAUGAAGCAAGUGUGAAUUCUGUCCAGAAUGAGAUAGUGUUGUGUAGGCAGCUUAACCAUGAAGCUAUCUUACCAUACUAUACCUCGUUUGUACACAAUAAUGAAGUCUGGACCAUUAUGCCUUUAAUGGCUUACGGUUCAUGCAGAGAUUUGAUGCAUGCAUAUUUUACCAGUGGGUUGCCAGAACAAGCGAUUGCUUAUAUACUAAGAGAUAUUCUAAAUGCGUUAGAAUACCUUCAUACUAAAGGGAUAAUACACAGGGGAGUGAAAUCUAGUCACAUACUUAUAUCAGCUGCGGGUCGUGUGUGUUUGUCGGGUAUGAGAAAUGCCUUUCAACUUUUACAGCAUGGAGAAUUGCGGAAACUAGUGUAUACAUAUCCAGACAAUCCUCGAAAAAUGCUCUGUUGGUUUAGUCCAGAAAUACUUGAACAGAAUUUGAGUGGUUAUGAUACAAAGUCAGACAUCUAUAGUCUUGGUAUAACAGCUUGUGAACUGGCCAAUGGUUAUGCUCCAUUUACUGAUAUGCCCGCCACACAGAUGUUACUAGAAAAAUUAAAUGGAACAAAACCGGUGUUAGCCGAUUGUACAACAAUUGCAGAUCUCACAGCCGAUGAAAAUGUCACAAACUCUGAUGUUCCAGAGGAUUCUGGUAUAGAUAACGUGUCAGGCUCCAUCCAGAAGAACAGUGCCCUAGGUUAUGCCUAUAAUAGAACAUUCACCCAGAACUUUCACCAGUUUGUAGAACUGUGUCUAGAACGAGAUCCGGACAGAAGGCCUACAGCAACCAUUCUACUAAAUCAUCCAUUCCUAAAGAAUCUGAGAAAAAGGUGUACAUCUGUGUUACCGUCAUUGCUUCAUCCGGUUACACCACUUCUUGAUGUUUCCAAACUACCAAAAGAUGAUUCAGCAGUAGAAGACUUGGCAGAAGAAAUGGAAGACCUACAUUUUGAUGAGGACUGGGAAUUCUAGACACUUAUACAAUACUUAAAUACUGAUUCUGAAAUUAACACCCUCAAUACUUAGUCUAUAAGUUACAUCCUCAGUUAAAUUUAUUUGUAAAAUUUUAGCCUUGUGGCUUAUGAAAUAAUCUUUAGAUUGUAAGACACAAAACUAACUUGUAGCUUGUUAUUAUUUGUUUAUUGCAGUAGUUGUUACGCAUUGCUUUUCAUUAUUUAACAUAAUUAUAUAACCAAAAGCUAGCAUUAAGAGUAACAGUGCUGCAUGUUUGUAACAUCGCUUCUCAUUUGAUAAUAGUGAUGUUUAUAUAAAGUAUAUAUGGCAGCUGCUGUCCAUUUAUGAAUUUAUUUCAUUUUUUACAAGUACAGAAAUAUAUAUAAUUCAUUUGUUAUAACAUUUUUGACAAGUUAUAUGGCUGUAUAUAAUCAUUUAUUAUAUACAGUUAUUUAUAAAUGAAAUAUUGAAAAACAUUUACGAAAUAAAGUGCGUAUUUUUAUUUUCCGUAUUUACACCUUUUACUUUACUGAAACAUAUUUACUGUAUUUUCACUGGUGUUUUGCCAGACUAAUUUCUUCCUAAUUUUUAAACCAAUACGCAAAAUUAAGUAGAAGUAUUAAGAAUUGCAAGGUCAAAAAAAAGUGAAAAGUAUAUGAUAUAAAACAGAAAAUAAUUUUUUUUUCUAAAAAAAAAAGGUUUAUUUACAUUUUGUGAUAUGAAAAUUAUGAUAUUUUUUCACGAGUGGCAGUAGCCACUUAUGAAAUAUCUAUGUUCAUACCACUUGAUGAAAAUAAAUCCUAUAUUUAUAGAAAAAUCUUUAAUAUCCUUUUUUUGUAUGCAAGAUUACCAUGACCAUGCUGUUCUGGUUAUAUAUGCUGACAACCGUUUAUGUAGGACCAUAUAACCUUUCAGCAAUCAUUUUGUUAAGUUAACCAAUAAUAUAAAUUCAACACAACAGCUUGUAUAAUUCUUGAUUUUUAUUUCAAUACCUUAAAACUCCAUUAU